UUCCGCUCUGGGAGUAAACAGUUGAAAGUGAAGCUCCAACCCGAAGAAUAAGGACUCCCUCUGAUCCACGGAGAUGUUAUCGGUGGAGGCUUUUCUAUGAAUUGCUACCCUAUCCAAAAACAUGGAAUCAUCACCAGGCAAUCCACAACCAGAAGGCUCUGCAGAUUCCCCUGCUAAACUGUCAGCUACACCUACAGGUGAGGCUACAGGACGCUCUAAUGAAGAUGUAAAAUCAGUUCAAGAGGAUAAAGCUGAUAGCUUACAGAGUGGGGACAAGAACUCUGGCCAACCAGACAAUGAUGGAAGUCAAGAUAACCAAUCAAAUAGUGAGAAAUCACCUGGUGAUCAUCAGAGUCCAAGUGGUCCUACAGAUUGUCCAAAGGAACCUCCAGAUGAAGAAAAACAGGAGAUGAGCAGAAAAGAUGAUGUCAUUGGUCCGACCGCUACACAAACUGAACUUGCAGGAGAAACUGGAAUCCUUGGAGGAGGCAUUAAACUAUUGGUACUAGUGGUUCUAGGGGCACUUCUUGCCAUCGUGACACAGUAUUACCUCCAAUCUCCACCUCCACCUCAGAAGACUGAUUGGCAACAGAUAGAUGUCUUCCUCAAGCAGAUGAAAAAAGUACAAGCGAGGUUUCCCAAUCAGCGUGCCGAGCUCUGGAGCAGGAGUGAAAUCCACCUGAAGAGGCACCUCCAGACCAGCCAACCCGCGGAGCCCGUGAGCCUGAUCCUGACGUCAGGCGUCAGAGCCGAGAGGACCAUGCGCUGCCUGGCUCAGGGUGUGGCCUCCGCCUUCUCCACCGCCCGCAACGCUUCCGUCCUCCACAUCGACGGAGCGGGCAAAGCCGGCCAAGACAGCGACCAGGUCAAACUGGACAUCGACAGAAAGCUGCAAGGGGCUUUCGAGGGAGACAAACCCGUAGCGGUGAUUCACCGCCUGGAAGAGCUACCGCCGGGCUCCACGCUCAUCUUCUACCGCUACUGCGAUCACGAGAACGCCGCCUACAAGAAGACUUUUCUGAUCUUCACGGUGCUGCUGGGUGACGAAGAGGAGAUUCCGGCCGAGAUGCGCCUGAGCAUCGUGGAGGAGAUGGUGGACGACUACCUGCAGAAGAGGUUUCUGUCUCACGAUCACCCGGUAUCUUUCGACAGGAUGGAUCUCAACAAGUACGGUGGACUGUGGAGCCGCAUUUCCCACCUCAUCCUGCCGGUGGCGGCAGAGGACAGAAUAGAGCAAGAAGGAUGCUAGAGGACUCAACUCUGUCCAGAGUUUUGGGUCUGAGCACUGGAUUAGCACACAGCUGUAACAUCUCUUUCUGGAGCUCUUUGCUGUGGUUUUAAACACACAGUUAUUUCUAAUAGGAAUUUUAUUGAAAUUCAGUUGCAUCAUUAUAUUAGGUCUCAGUCGAAAGUGGGACAUCUGUAAGAAUUUCAUUCAUUAUGAAAAAGUCUUUGACAAAAAAGGCUUAUGCACUUUAUUCUUUUAAUCCUUUGUUGAAUUCAUAAGUGGGAUGGGAAAUGUUAGUUGGAUGUUGGAGCGGCGGGAUUUUUAACUGCUCCAUUUUAAACACGCUGAGUGUAAAAUAAAUCAUAUUCACACAACUUUCACAUAAUAGAGCAGGCAUCACAACAUAAGGUUUAUAAUUUUAGUUUCUGCAGGGACUGAUUGGCACCAUGUGCCUUAAAGUAGGCCUCUGAUUUUCUUUUUGUCAACCAUGUUCCGGAUAGAAAAGAAUUUGAGUUAAAUGUGCCUUAAAUUCAAAUAAACACUUAUUUUAAUUUAAA